ACAGCUUCCCCUUCUGAGCUCGGCUGAUCGCGUCUGCCUCGAGUUCGGCUAAUCUGGUCUGGCUGUUACUGUGCAGAGCUGCGAUGUCGGUGGCGGCGCGGCUGCGGGCCGGUGUGGCCAGCUCGAUCAGGCGAUACUUACACAAUACAUCAAGAUGCAGUGGUGCUGGAGGAGCCUCUUUUGUGCACAGGGAUACCCCUGAGAACAAUUUAGACACACCUUUUGACUUCACUCCAGAAAAUUACAAGAGAAUUGAAGCAAUAAUUGGCAACUACCCAGAAGGUCACAAAGCUGCAGCUGUUAUCCCAGUGCUUGACUUGGCUCAGAGACAGCAUGGAUGGCUGCCUAUCACUGCUAUGAACAAGGUGGCUGAUGUCUUGCAAAUGCCUGCCAUGCGAGUCUACGAGGUUGCUACGUUUUACACCAUGUACAACAGGAAACCAGUUGGAAAAUAUCACAUUCAAAUUUGUACAACCACACCGUGCAUGCUUAGGAACUCUGAUGCAAUCCUGGAGGCUAUCGAGAAGAAGCUAGGAAUACAUGUGGGAGAGACAACGCCUGAUGGGUUAUUUACACUGGCAGAGGUUGAAUGUCUCGGGGCUUGUGUAAAUGCACCAAUGGUUCAAAUAAAUGACCACUACUACGAGGACCUCGUGCCAAAAGAUAUUGAAAAUAUUAUUGAUGAUUUCAAAGCUGGCAAAGUACCAAAUCCUGGCCCAAGGAAUGGACGUUUUUCGUGUGAACCUGCAGGAGGACUAACCUGUCUAACUGAUCCACCAAGGGGACCUGGUUUUGGAGUUCGUGCAGACCUCUAAGUUUAAUUAUUAAUAUACUGUGUCCCUGUGCAAAUAUAAAUACACUCUGUACUUAAAUAUAGAUCUGAAACAAAGUUUUA